AAAUGAGAGUUUCCUGAAUCAGAUUUCAGAAGAUGAGGUCUACCGAUACAAACACAGGGGCAAAACCGGUGCUUUAUUCUUACUGGAGGUCAUCAUGUUCUUGGAGGGUCAGGAUUGCUCUAGAGAUUGCUGGAAUAGAUGUGGAGUAUAAAAUCGUAAAUCUGGUGAAGGAUGGUGGAGAGCAUUUGAAAACUGAGUAUAGUUCCCUGAAUCCAUUGUGCCAGCUUCCUACUCUUGAGAUCAAUGGAAUGAAGUUAACCCAAAGUAUCUUCUUCCCGGUUAAUCCAAAGUAUACUGUUUCAAGGUUACCAAAAAGCAUAUCUAUAUCAAGGUUAAGCCAAAGUAUAUCUGUUUCCAGGUUAACCCAAAAUUACCCAAAGUAUAUCUGUUUCAUUAUGGAAUACAUAAACGAGAUUGCUCCUGAAGCAAAUCUUCUUCCUGCAGAUCCAGAAUCCAGGGCUAAGGUUCGGAUGAUUUGUGAGAUGAUAAACUCAGGGAUUCAACCAAUACAAAACCUCUCCGUGCUUGUUAAACACAGCCAGGACCAGGAAUGCCGAGUAGAAUGGGCUCAUUACUGGAUAGAAAAGGGUUUCAUUGCACUAGAGGUAUUUAUUUAUCUUCAUAUCUAAAUAUCUGUCUAUCUCUAUCCAUUUAUGUCCAAUAUCCAGACUAAGGUUUGUUUACUUUCCUCUCAUAAACUGCAGUACACAUUAUUUAUAUAAUUCUACCUUUACAUUCCUUGUAUCUAUAUUCCUUCUGCCUACCCUACAUACCUACCUGUCUACUUACCUACCUGUAUACUUACCUACCUGUAUACUU